AUGUUUGGUAACGUGCCCUCUGUACAGAUAUGUUCUAGUGGUGUCGUUGUUUUUGUUGUCGUUGUUUUUGUUGUCGUUGUUGUUGUUGUUGCCGUCGUCAAUGGACAGUCGCAAGUCGCUCUUUCCCUUCUUGCUCAGCCUCCAUAUAUUCCGCCCCACCCCAACCUUUCACCACAAAGCCCACCUGCGAGACCACAACUACUCGCUGCACUUCACGUCACCUAUUCAGAACCACCAUCUAAGCCUGCUGCUACUCCCAUCUCCGCCUCCGCCGCCGUGCUUCAACUGCUAUUUUUGUUGGUAACAAACACUGGGAUUGUGCAAACACGGAUCUGGGGCAGAGAAUUCUCUUUUUCGAACGCGAUGGUCCACGGUCUAUUGUUCAAAUGGGAGGAUUCGGCGGCGCUGAAACACCACUGUGGCUCCUGCAAGCGCCCCCUCAACCAUCCUGGUGCGCGCGCCUCGUGCUUCGGGAAGCACAGCGAACCAUGCGUGCGCUACCACCAAGUACGCUCUUCCCAAUACCUCGAACACCAUGCAUGGCAUGUGUUGACAAUAGACCAGGCCAUGUUCAUGCGUUUGCGAGGUCACACCUGCACAUACUGCUUGACAAUCGAAGAAGCGCAUUACAAGAGACACAUUGAAAUUGCUGAAAAAGUCCGAGGCCUGUAUGAGAGCUGUGGCGAAAUAGACUGGACCCUCAUUCCGUCUGAGACUUGCGAACGUGGAAGAGCAAGAAUACCUGGAAAGCGUCAAAUUGUCAGUAAUGAUGGCGAAAGUGACCCCAGCCCUACCUCGGACGAUACGCCGACGUCCAGACGGGAAAAGAAAAACGCCAAGAACCUCGCGAGAGCAGCGAGUAGAUCGAGAAUGAUUACCCAGGAAGAGGCCAAGUAUAUUGACUCUGUUCUUCACCUGGCUGAUGGCGUGAACGAUAGUGAGGGCCCAUGCAAUCCGGAGGAGAUUGAGGAGAUUGAACGACAUUUGCGCUACCAUGCUCAAGUCUACAACACCCAGCCAGAUCGUCGUGGCCUACGGAAUAUGGCACAGUUUCCCGACGCGGAUGUCGACUUUGACGCCGAGAUGGAGCGCAUCCUAGAGAUAUUACGCAUCACCGAUCUAGUCCAACGCAACAGCCGCAACCGUGGCCUACAGGGUCGAGACAUGAAACAUUUCGAAGCAUUGGUAGAGGAGCUCAAACGCACUGUUGUGGAAGACAUCGUGUUAGUCAAGAAAGAUAUACUCGAGAUCCGAAUGCGUCGCGCUGGCUACAUGAGAUACACAAACAAGGCAGCAGUCACUCAUGUGGAAGACCGCUACAUUGAUAAGGAUUGGAAGACUGGCGAGAAGAUCAAUGUGAAUAGGAGCGAUUCCAGUGGAUAUAACACUCCACUUGACGAGAUCAAAAUGUCAUACAGUUGGGACAUUUUGAUAGCUGGUGUUAAUGUCUUGCGGGCGGAUCUCUACCACAUGCAUUCAUCUAAUCGAAACGACAGCGAAGAGAAUGUGGCCUUGGCACCGCAACAACUACCACGCACACAUGCCCCCGAUCGAAGACAUCUUGAGACCGUCCACAUACGUGUAAGUGGCGAGGAUGGACUCCAUGAAGCUGUCAUCGAGCCCUACAACGCUCCUCUUGUGACUUUGGCAACAAAUCCAACGCCUAAUAUCAAGCCCAUUUCGUUGAAGGUCUUUCUCGACGAUGCUUCAAAAUGCGGCGCACGAACGAUUAAUGCUGGUAUUGGCAGAACUAGCAAGCCGCAGCCUGUGUUCAAUGGUUGGCAAACCAUGACAGGAAGUUCGAAAACCACGCUGCAUACCGAGACUCCGACAGUGAGUGCUGAAUCACCCAGACUGCUCGCAGGCGGAAGGACGUAUCCUCCUGUUUUAGACCGAGAUUCAAGCUCAAAGCGGUGCCGCCAGCCACUGGCAGUGAAGCAGCAACAUACAACAAAAGUCGAAAAGUCACCGUUUGUACAGUCACCACCAAACGAGGCCAUAUCUUUGACCAGGAUGCCGGAAUCAUUCAUUGAUCAUGCCGUCGAUCACAUCACGAUUACGCUCAAAACUGAGCCUGUAUUGUCCCACAAGAAGAAGGCAAAGAAAGAGCGUGAGGCAAGACGCAAAGCCAGAAAGGUUCUAGUACUGGGAGAAAUUUUUGAUCGAUCGCCAGAUGCCGACACCAAAGUCUUGGUGGAGGAUGAAGUGGAUCUUACCACAGUGAAAGAACUCUCUCACCGCACCAGCUCUGAGUGCCCCAAUGAUGAAAAUGAGGUUAUGGAAUCAGCUGGGGCAUACCAAACUGAAGACGAUUCAGGGGAGAACAAUUUCGGCUUGAUGAAGCUAGAUGCUGUUUGCUCCAGGCGAAGUGCUAAAGUAUUCCCUUUCGAGAUUCCUGUAACCAAACAUGGUAAGCAUGUGCAUUGGCACAGGUUUACCCGUAACCUCAUUGUUGAUCAGCCUACUACCCCUCUUAUGGUAAACUGGCAUACCCCUCACAAUGGCACACCGGAAAACGCUGUCCAUUGCGCAUUUGAGCGCUAUAGCGAGCCGGACUGCCCGUUUCACGAUGAAUUCUUCGAUGACGCCACAACUUGCGCAUGUUGCGCCUAUCGCAAGGACAUGUGCCACCUGACCUAUCCUGGUAUCGAUGAAUGCUCCUUCGGGCCUAUCGAUCGGCUACACGGUGAGAAGUUAAUGGAGAUGUACAAGAAUGACAGUAGGACACAGGGCCGUCUCAUGCUUGUUGAUGACGUACUGUACGACUACCUUCUUAUGACGGCUGGCGCACAAUGUGGCCAUCCGAUCAGCGAUAAUAUGCCAGAGGCCCUUGUUCAAGAGUAUACGGAGGUAUUUGACAAUCAUAAGGGUCCUGGCCCGCUGAUACAGCAGGAGCAACUUUACCAGCGCCUUGCAGCAAAGAAUAUGACCCUCAAGCAUCCAGUCUCGAGUCAGCUGCUUCACAAGAUGCAGCUCACAUUUGAACCCAAAGACUGCACCUACACCUGUUACUGCCACACCAAGGUUGUGCCAGGACUGAAACCAGAAGAUACCAUCGAGUGCUCGCACCGAGACUGUGCAAAUACUUUCUUCCACAAUGCCUGUGUCAAGAAGCGACACCAUGAGAAAGUCACCCGUUGGUACUGCCGCGGGUGCUCGCAGAAUAUGAAGGCUUUGGCACGCAAUACUCUGCACUCUGUAGGUGACUACGACCAUGAUGCCGAGGAACGAUACUCUUGUGAGCUCCGUGAUCAGAUCUUCAGGAAAAUGAUGAAUAUACCUGAUGACGUGUUUGAGAGGGUGAAGAAGCGAGUGCAAACUAUGGGUGGGAUGAACUUCUAG